UGUAAUUUUCUGAUCUAUGGUGGGUGUAUCAUGGGUGGUAACCAGUGAAUAAUGAUCACCGGUGGUUAUUGGUGAAGAAUGAGCAUCUCAAUUGGGAAAGGUCAGACUUUUUCUUGGAGGAUAGGGAAAUGUCUCUGAUGAAAUUGUUGGUUUCGGAAAGGAGCAUGUGAAGAUGUGGUCAAUUGAUUACAGUUCCUAUUUAACCCAGGCAAUGCUACUGUGAUUGUGCUUUAGGUUGUUCCAUAUGCCUUGAGUAAGAGAUGAUAUUGGGGAGUAGGGCCAGACUUUUAUUUUGAAAUGGUCUUCAAGUUGGAUGCAAAUUGUUUUGCGGAGGUUUCCCAUAUGAGCAAGCAAUUGCUGUUGUUUCUGAUUGGUAAGGUCACACUUUGUGUGUUCUUGGAGCAGUCACAUGUACUUUUGUUGUUUUGAGCCUUUUGGGUUUUCUUUUGUCUUACCUUUGCAAUGCUGACACAUCUUCCAUGGAGAUGUACAUUUUUGCGUGCUCCUGUGUAUCUUUUUGGUAAGUUGAUCUUUUUGAGAUAAUCUUGAUAUUAUUUUCUGUAUCAAGGAAUAUACAGUUUUUGGAGAAUAGGUUAUGUAUUUUGCGACAUUGUUUAGUUUAUAAAGAAUGAUGGAGAGAGGUGAUGAACUGAUUUACGGACUUACAUUUUUUGAGGACACAUGAGAAUACAGGUGGGAUAGUUUUCGUGCUAGUAUUCUGGCUGCAACUUGCACUUCUGCUGUCUCUGAAGACAGUUGUCAUACUGUGCUUGUGCUUCGAGGAUCAGGAGUAGUUGAUCAAUGGAUCAACAAAGUUAAAUUUUUCUUUAUUUAUCCCGGAUAAAGUGUUACAUGUCCUAUCUCUUGGAUAAUGCUGAGGCGACACCGUUGAUUGCCAGGGAUGGCUCCUGUGCUGCAGGGGAGGGCUCCUGUUCUGCAGGGGAGAGCUCCUCUUCAGCCGCCGCAGUCGCUAUGGCUGUCGCAGCUGCCGUCAUAAGGCCCCAUGGGGCUGAUGAAGUUGCAGAGGCGAUGUGGCAGAUGAAUUUAGGAGAAGCCGUGGAAUCUGGGCCAUACCCAGAGCGUGUUGGAGAGCCAGACUGUAGUUAUUACAUGAGGACCGGCCUCUGCAGGUUUGGGAUGACCUGUAAAUUUAAUCAUCCAGCAGACAGAAAGCUGGCUGUUGCUGCUGCAAGAAUGAAGGGAGAAUAUCCUCAAAGAAUCGGCCAGCCUGAAUGCCAAUACUAUCUAAAGACCGGCACAUGCAAAUUUGGAGCAACCUGCAAGUUUCACCACCCCCGAGAAAAGGCUGCGAUGGCAAAUCAAGUACAGUUGAAUGCUUUGGGCUACCCACUACGACCGAAUGAAAUGGAAUGUUCUUAUUAUUUAAGAACAGGGCAGUGCAAGUUUGGAAGCACAUGUAAGUUUCACCAUCCACAACCAUCUAACACCAUGGUUGCGGUACGUGGCUCUGUUUAUUCACCUGGACAGUCUGCAACUUCUCCUGGUCAGCAUGCUUACCAAAGGGCUGUAACAAGCUGGCCCUUGUCAAGAUCUGGUUCUUUCAUUGCAAGUCCGAGGUGGCCAGGUCAUUCAAGCUAUGCACAAGUGAUUGUUCCUCCGGGGCUUGUUCAGGUCCCAGGGUGGAAUCCUUAUGCUGCACAGAUUGGUUCUUCGUCUUCGGAUGACCACCAGCGGAUGCCCGGAGCUGCCCAAUACUAUACUGGCUCACACCAGAGUGAGACACCUGGCAUGGGUGAUCAAGGAAUCUUUUCAUCAUACCAAGCUGGUUCUGUUCCUAUUGGACUUUAUGCCGUACAGAGGGAGAAUGUAUUUCCAGAGAGACCUGACCAACCUGAAUGUCAGUUCUAUAUGAAAACUGGAGACUGUAAGUUUGGUGCCGUAUGCAAGUUCCAUCAUCCCAAAGAGCGGACAAUUCCUACUCCCAAUUGUGCGCUGAGCUCACUAGGCCUGCCAUUACGCUGGGGAGAGCCCGUAUGCACUUUCUAUUCUCGCUAUGGCAUGUGCAAGUUUGGUCCAAACUGCAAAUUCGACCAUCCAAUGGGAACCGUCGUAUAUGGCCUUGCCUCUUCACCAACUAGUGAUGUAUCAACUGCUCGACGUAUGCUGGCACAAGUACCAUCGCAUUCAGAAGUAUCGCUUGACAAUGGGUCCGGAAGGUCUCGGAGGAUUACCCAUUCAGAUCCCCAGCAAAUACCCUCUGGUGAAAGGAGCACUGAGAGAGAGGCGUCCUAAGCCAUUCUCGGUGUCAUGUUCAUGCUGCUUCCCAUCCUUGACUUGAGUAAUUAUCCGCAACUACAUUCAAGAAGCUGAAGCUGUACAGGUCUUUUGCGCAUUUGCCUCACCUUUGAGCUUUACAUACCGGAGCUUGCUUCAACAUGUAUUGCAUUCAGGCAGGAAAAAGUUCUUGCCUGCUCUGGAUGCUCAUUUGCCCAAUGAAAACGGGACAAGCCUCUCCUUAUUUAAACAUAUGUAUGGAACCAACUCACCUUUGGACAUUCCAUUCCAUUCAAGAGUAUGUGCCUUGAUCGCUCUGUUGUAAUUAUAGAGGUGCGUUGCAAUGGACGAAGCUUUUGCGAAACUAUGGGGAUACACAAGCAUAACCUCCUCUUCUGUUAAUUAUUUUGCUUCUCUUUAGCAUUUCCAUAAAGGGCAACCCCGCAUCCGAAAGUGUGAAUGUUGAAGAUGUGGAAAUAAUAGGUUGCUGUCAUAUGCUCUGUAA